AUGGCUCCACGAACACCCCGUACGGCACGUAGGGAACUUGAUCCUUGUAUGAGGGCUCGUAUAUGUGAGCUUCAUAUAGAGGCACAUUGGGGUUAUAAACGUAUACACAAGGUGCACCCAGAGAUCCCUAUAUCGACUAUUCGGAACACAAUCAAAAAGGAGCAAGAGCGCAUAAAUCAACGUUCAAAAGCACGUUCUGGAACCCCAGCAAAAUUGACAGACGAGGAUAAACAGAAGCUUAUUGAAUUGACGAUUCAGAAUCCUCAUAUCAAAUAUGAGGAGCUUCGGAAUGCGGUUGACAACAAAGUUACUAUCCGCACUAUACAAAACAUGUUUCAACAAAUCCAUAAAAGGAAAUGGAAGCAGCGUAAGCGACCUGAGAUUCUUCCUCUUAAUGCGCAAAAGAGAUUGGCCUGGGCUUUAAGAUAUGAGGCUUACACUCCCCGUGAAUGGCAGCGUAUUCUUUGGACCGACGAAUGCACGGUUGAGCGCGGUAAAGGGGGUCAAUUGAUAUGGACAUGGCAUUCCCUAACCGAGCAACUCCGGGAGCAUGAUAUACGUGAGAUCCGUACUGGGAAAAGCAUCAAAAAGAUGUUUUGGGGGGGAUUCAAAUUUGAUCAACGGAGUCCAUUGGUGCCAUUAACCUCGGAUGGCUCAUCAGCUGGCGGAGGUAUUACUGCAACAGUUAUAAGGCAGCUUUAUAUGGAACAGCUUCCAGAGUUACUCGAUAAUGGGGAUAUCUUUAUGCAGGAUAAUGCGCCCGUACACCGAGCGCAUAUCAUACGAGAUCUGUUACGAGAAUUAGGGCUAGAUAUUAUGGAGUGGCCUCCAUAUUCUCCAGAUCUCAAUCCUAUCAAGAAUAUUUGGGCGAUUAUGAAAACGAUCAUAAUCAAUGACCAUCCUGAGCUACAAAACGCACCAGAUAAUGAUCAAACGUUAUACGCACUUAUACAAGCGGCAAAAGAAGCAUGGCAAUCAAUUGAAAUACGUGUUUUGAAGAAUCUAAGCAACACCAUGCCAAAUCGUGUACGCGCAGUUAUAGAGGCGGAUGGCUGGUAUACGAAGUAUUAG